AUGGACUACCAAAACCGAGCAGGCUCAAAGUUUGGCGGCGGCGGCGUCGCCUCACAUUCAGCGACUAAUGCAGACCGUCGAGAACGACUACGAAAGCUCGCGCUCGAAACCAUCGACCUUGACAAAGACCCCUACUUCUUCAAGAACCAUGUCGGCUCAUUCGAAUGCCGCCUGUGUCUCACCGUGCAUCAAAAUGAUGGCUCUUAUCUCGCACACACUCAGGGUAGAAAGCAUCAGACUAAUCUCGCGAGGCGAGCCGCCAGAGAACAGAAGGAACUACAGAAGGAUGGCCAAAUGCUCGGUGCAGGCAUGAUGGGCGUGCAGGUGCGAAAGAACAUGGUCAAGAUUGGUCGACCCGGUUACAAGAUCACCAAGAUUCGCGACCCGUUGACACGACAGGUCGGCUUGCUUUUCCAACUUCUCUACCCUGAAAUCUCUACAGGGGUGGAGCCCAGGGUACGCUUCAUGAGCGCAUUUGAGCAGAAAGUUGAAGACCCGCCCGACAGGGAUUACCAGUACUUGCUCGUCGCUGCAGAGCCCUAUGAGACGUGUGCUUUCAAGUUGCAGAGCCGGGAGGUGGAUCGGCGAGAAGGUAGAUACUGGACUUGGUGGGAUGCCGACGCCAAAGAAUUCUGGUGCCAGGUUCUCUUCAAGACGGAGCGAGACGAGAGAUACAGCAAUGUCCCAGGUCUGGCUCCUGCAGUUAAGAGGUGA